AUGGCCAUGACGUGGUCAUUCUCCGGCAUUACCACCUUUGCCCAUCUCAAACACGUCAAAUGCCUGACUACACCCAGCGAAAAGUUUGAUAUUGCCAUUGUUGGGGCGCCGUUCGAUACGGCUACUUCUUAUCGGCCUGGCAUCAACCCGUACGCGAGCUGGGCGACCAUCAUCGACUGUGGUGAUAUCCCUAUCACGCCAUUUGACAAUGCUGUGGCGCUGGAGCAGAUGUCUGAGGCUUUUGUUGAACUGGGGUCGAGAAGUGCUCCCCUGGGUGAGACGGGGAAGGGGAAGGGGAAGGGGAAGGGGAGGCCAAAGUUGAUUACUCUCGGUGGUGAUCACAGCUUGGCGCUGCCGGCGUUGAGAGCGUUGAAGAAGGUAUAUGGGAGGGAGGUGAGGGUUGUGCAUUUCGAUGCCCACCUCGACACCUGGCACCCAGCCAAGUACCCCUCCGCCUGGCCCUCGACCCAAUCGCACUUCAACCACGGCUCCAUGUUCUGGCUCGCUGGGCAAGAAGGUCUUUUGUCCAACAGUUCUUCCGCCUCCAACAUCCACGCCGGCCUCCGCACCCGCCUCUCCGGCACCGACCCCUCCGAUUUUGUCGAUGACUCCUCGCAAAACUGGCUGCGCAUCUCAGCAGACGAUAUUGACGACCUCGGCGGUCCCGCAGGCGUCAUAGCUGCCAUCAUGGACCAAUUUGACUUGAACGACCCCGAUCCAGACCCGGUGUACCUGUCCAUCGACAUUGACGUGCUUGAUCCGGCUUUCGCUCCAGGCACGGGCACGCCGGAGCCGGGAGGGUGGACGACCAGGGAGUUGAUAAGGAUUUUGAGAGGGCUGGUGGAUGUGCUGAAUGUGGUGGGUGCGGAUGUGGUGGAGGUUAGUCCGGCGUAUCAAGGGAGAGGGGAGGAAACGGCAUUGGCGGCUGCGCAGGUUGUCUAUGAAGUGCUGACGGGGAUGGUUAAGAGGGGGUUGAAGGACGGUUCUAGUGAGGAAAAGGUGAAGGGUGGUGUUGACAAGGCUCAUGAUGAACUUUGAUCCUUGGCCGUUUACCUGGUAGACUAGUUCUCGUGGAUGUUGUAGCCCUUGCAAGCUACCUCCACCGAGGUCGAUGGAAGCUCGUAUAUCGGGAAGCUGUUGGAGUCACACCUUCCUAACAAGCCAGGCAUGCAUUCUCCCAAGGAACGGUGAGAGUAGAAUUAGACCCGUAUCGAUGUAGCUGACUCACGGAGCACGAGCGGUCAGACCUCCGUCUGAUAACGGAAUGUGUCUGGACCUUGGUACUCUGACACGGGACGAAUCAUGAACACCCGGGUAUUCGGCC